CCCUAUUUUUUUUAUUUAAAAUUUUAAAUUUUAUUAUCUCCGGCGAAAUCAGAGAGCCAUGGCGACGGAGUCCAACUCGAGGAUCACGUGGGAGGGAUGCAGCGUCCUUCUCGACAUCAACGAUGGCGACCGCCUCUGUCUCGCCUGCCUCUCUCCCAACGCGUCCAUUAAGAUUGGGAACAAGAAGUGCUCUUUAAAUCCUUUGAUCGGGCGCCCUUUUGGCUCCUCGUUUCGCCUCGAGACCGGAACCGACGGUGCUCCCCAUCUCGCCCUCUGCGUUCCUUCGUCGUCGUCCUCGUCCUCUGAUGCUACUCGGGAUCUAGAGAAAGAUGAUUGGCAAUCUAAGGAUGAGGCCAAGGAUAAUCGUGAGCUACUUGACAAUAAUACAGCACAAAGUCUUUCUCGAGAAGAUAUUGAUGCAAUGCGGUGCGAAGGUGCAACCGGAGAUGAAAUUGUGGAUGCUCUUAUAGCUAACAGCUCGACAUUUGGAAAGAAAACAGCAUUUUCACAAGAGAAAUACAAACUUAAGAAACAAAAAAAAUAUGCACCUAAGGUUCUUUUGAGGCGUCCUUUUGCUCGAAGUAUAUGUGAAGCAUAUUUCAAGAAGUAUCCAACUCGAAUUGGGUUUCUCCGAGUAGACACCCUGUCUCUUUUGCUUUCAAUGGGUAAUAUCGGUGCAUAUUCAGAUGUCCUUGUUGUGGAUAUGGUUGGUGGUAUGCUUGCCGGGGCUGUAGCAGAACGUCUUGGAGGUUCAGGUCAUGUGUGCAGUACCUAUUUUGGAACGAAGCCACCCUCCCUUGAUAUAGUGAGGAUAUUCAAUUUCAGUAAUGAAGUAUGCCGCAGGAUUCUUCAAGCACCAUUUUCUGUAUUUUCUCUAUCUCAAAACAAUGGCGCUGUUUCCUUUGAAAAGGACCCGAAUGUCCAGUCUUUAGAACUGCAUUAUAAUGCCUGUAAUGCGUCCUUACUGCCAUGCUCUUCUGAUGGAGUUGAUGACACACAUCAGAACACUUCUUCCUUAGUGCAAAAACCAGUACCUGCAGGAAGGCAGGCAUCAUCAGAAGACAUAAAAUCAUGGAAAGAGAAAGGCUUUACUAGCUUGAUAGUUGCUGCACCAGAAAUGGAUGUGGGGAGUAUAAUUGAAGAUUUGCUACCACUUUUAUCAUAUUCCGCACCUUUUGCAAUUUAUCAUCAGUACCUUCAGCCCCUUGCAACAUGUAUGCACAAGCUACAGACUUCAAAAAUGGCUAUAAACUUGCAAAUUUCUGAGCCAUGGCUUCGGGAAUACCAGGUUCUUCCAUCGCGCACUCAUCCACAUAUGCAAAUGAGUGGAUUUGGUGGUUACAUUUUAAGUGGAACUAAGAUCUCUGGCACCGAUUCUUGCAAUGGAAACUGACACAAGUCAAAUGCUUCAUCAUUGGCUUUCCUUUCUGUAAUUUUUUUUAUUUUAUAUAUAAGAUUAUACUUAUGGAUUUAAUCGUGCAUCAUCACCAGUCAUCUACUAAUCAGCUCUAGGGGCCUCUCCUUCAAUCAUAACCUAUCAUACUCAUCACGGAUAAAUGUAUCCCAUUUUGUAUUAGUUAUUUAUACAGGUAACUUGUAGCUUGGUCCUGAAGAGUAAAUGUAUCUUUUUCUAUAACCAUGUAUUGUGGAUUAAUCAUUUUAAGUGCUGUAAGGUUUUGUUAUUGCAAUUCGUAUUUAUGUAAUCAACAUAUUUUGUAGAUUACGAGCCCAAAAUUGGUAUGUUUUAUUC